AUGUCCUAUCCGUCAACAGCUCAAGCCAUCACGAUCUCAAAGACGGGGGGACCCGAGGUCAUUGAGAAACGCGAAAUCCCAUUCUCAAAAGCAGCCCCGAGUCAUCUGGUCGUAAAGGCAAGUGUCCAAAUGCCCCAAGCAUCUCGAGGAGCGCAGUUAAUUGUGCAACAGAAGGAUUAUACCAGUCUCUGGAUUUCCCAUUCUCGUUGCACUCCUACAGACGAGUCCGUCUUGAACGACCCGGAUUACAAGAAGCGUGGGUACAAGGAAGGUUCCCCGCGUUUGCAGUCGUUACGGAUUACCGGGUUCGCAUGCGGAAUACGUUUCUGCACUUGGAAAACGGUAUACGUGAUUCCGGAGUCGGUGUCGACAUUGACGGCUGUCUCAGCCCUCGUGCAAGGGUUGACGGCCAUUUCCUUCAUGGAAGAAUCAUACAACGUGCAAAAGGGUGACAUCAUCCUCAUUCACACCGUGGCAGGUGGUCUUGGACUGCUCAUGACCCAACUGGCCAAGUCGCGAGGAGCGACUAAAAAGCUUGCCCUUGCGAAAGCUAACGGGACUGACCAUGUGAUCUUGUAUAAGAGCGAGGACACGGUCGCACGUGUCCUGGAACUCACAAAUGGGGAGGUGUUCAUGCAAUCUUUGAUGGUGUUCGAGUCCGACCUCGUAAUGAUCAGGCGGAAAGGUACCCUUGUGUCAGUGGGUAAUGCUUCGGGACCCGUUCCACCAUUCGCUCCAUCAAACUCGUGCAAAAAAACAUAUCCUAGUAUGAACAACUAUACAUAUACUCCAGCAGAAGCGCUCCACUACGGAAAUGCAUUGUUCUCCCUUCUUGCCAAUGGCACCCUGAAGACACAGGUCUUCAAGGAAUAUCCAUUCACCACGGAGGGGGUCAAACAGGCACAAAUCGACCUGACAAGUGGAAAAUCUACAGGCAAACUUGUAGUCAAAGUCAACGAUUGA